UGCAUGAUGGCUGCCGAAGAAGUCCAGUAUGAUGAACGUAUUUUUCGAAACUUAGACAGUUUUAGCAGAGUCCAAUUCGCAUUGUUAAAACUUGGCCCUCUGUGCAAUGCCACUAAAAGCCGUUCAUUCACAGAGGCUGAUUGUGAUUUUGAACGUAUCAAGGACGGUGAUAUACCAAUAGCUGCAAACUUCUCCCUCAUUUUCCAACCUGGGGUUUCUUUAUUAAAGGAUAUCAGAGAUGGUAAAAAAAAGAACUUGUUCAAUCAUGAGAAAACUGCUCUCCGGAAACUUAAUGGAUACGUGAAAGUAUUAGAUCAUCAUGAAAAAUGUUUGAAGAAAGUCAUAAUGAGACAGCAGCCUUCGGGAAAUGAUGCAAAAAUUGCAUCUCCAACAGAGACAGAAGUGACUGUUGCUGUGGCAGAACAUUUGUUAGGACAGCUAGCACCAGGGGAUUCUCAUAUUAUUGAUGGAAAAGUGAAAGGAAAGGGACCUUGUCUAUGUGGAUGCAAUAAGAGGCCAAACUACAGUUCGACCGGAAUAGGUCAUGAAGAUGUUUGGCAUGGAUACAUAGAUAUAGUGUUCUCAUCACAUUUUGGAAUUCCAGAAUGCAUUGCAACAGCUCAAGUGCCCCAGAUGGAUUCGUCAUCUUCAUCUUGUGAUAUAUUAGAUCAAGAUACGUCACCUAUGAAAAGACCAAGAAUAGAGGAUGAAGAACAAAGAAAAAUUUCUCCUGGUGGGAAGACAAUAUCUGAAGUUAAAGUACCAUCAGCAGCAGGAGCUGAGGAUCAGGCUAUUGCCCAAAUUAUUGUAUUUUCAUUGCUACAGAAACAAAAACAUCCUGAAUUUCAACAUCAUUUGAUCCCAAAUAUUGUGAUAUCUCCUACUGAUUUUCAUAUUUUUAUGUAUGAUGCAGUGAAUGAUAUUUUGCUUGGAAGUUAUCCUCUACAAAUAUUUGAUGUUGAGACCGAGUCCCUAAGAAUUGAAUCAGUGAUGAUAUUGUGGAUGGUGCUGCACUACCGUAUAUUUUGUGAAGGAAUUAAAGUUAACAAACUUACAGAUGAUUUUAAAAAUAUUGAUAUUCAGUCACAUUUCAAAAAAAUAGCAGAAACGAAAUGGAAUGUGUAUUCAAAAUCUUUAAAAGAAAAUGUUGGCUAUUUCCCCCCAGGAAAGAAAAGAACCCCUAUAACAUUUGAGGGCAAUUGGUUUGCAAGGGAGCUAACAUAUAAGGAUACUGAUGACAACAAAUAGAAGAAAAAUGAUUUGUUGUCUGAAAGCAAUAUGUGUUGUUCCCUUUAUACAACCAGGGUUUGAUGUAACAGUUAUAAAUAGAUUAAAAUGUAAGUAUGUUAAUUGAUUUUACAAGAUUUGGAAUGAUGUCAUAUAGUUGGAAUUUAUUUCCCAAUCCUCUAGUUAUUGAAUGGAAUGACUCAGAACACCAGACCCUUAAGAGCUGAGAGCUUAAGUGAGCAUUUAUUAAAACCAUUUUUGUCCAGAGCCCAAGAGUCUAUCUAAUUGACUGUCUGUAAACUUUUUACAUAUUUGACUUUUUCUCUAGAACCAUUAGGCCACUUUCAACCAAACUUGGCAAAAAGCAUCUUUUGGUGAAGGGGGUCCAAAUUCCUUAAAAUGAAGGUCCAUACUCUUCUUGAAAAGGGAUAUAAUCAAGAUUUAUUGAAUAUUUUUUUUUGCUUCUCAAAAACCAUUUAGCCACAAAAGCUGAAAGGACUUUUGUGUGGGAUAAAGUGUUUUUAUGCCCAAAAUUCUAAAUUAUGAAUAUUUGCAAAAAAUAUGGGGCAGAUGGGUGGAUUUUAUUAUUUUUCAUUUUUUUUUCAAACCACCUUUAUCACCAUUCAUGUUCUAGAAAUAACAACAACUUUAUUCUUUCAAAUUGUUAAUGCUAAUAUGAGUACACAAACCCACUUGUACCCGGUAAUCUUUUAAUUCCAUUUUACUUGGAUUUAACUGUUAAUGCAUGAAGACAUUUGUAUCCUUAUGAAAACAAACAUGACUGGAACCAAACGGUAAUCCUCAUUUUUUGUAUACCGAGCCCGAUUUUAUUUUCCUGAAAUGUUUUUUCACAACAAGAGGCGGGUCAUUUUCAGAGGGGUGGGCAGGGAUGAGAAUCUAAAAUUAAUUUUAUGUGGCUUUUGUUGCUUAGGUGAGUGAAGUCUUGAUUUUGAUUUUGUUUUUAUCACCCUUCACCUUACAAACUGCCAUUUAUGUGAAUCCUUAACAUUGUUUCAUCAUUAUAAUACUUAGAUCACAGUUAAUGCCCUCAUCUUGGCCGCUUUUGAAUUCACAAAAAAACCCUUAGGCAAACGUAUCCUUUGAAAUAAGGAAUACAAAACUUGGUCGAUCAAACUUACUAACAGAUUAAUAGGAAAGAAUAGAUAUUGGUUAGGAUGUUUUAAAUAACUAUGAUAAAAUCAAAUGUUUAUUGGAAAAAUUCUGCAGAAUAUGUCAUGUUACUUUUAUCAACAAGGAAGCAUACUUGUGUGAAUAAUGAUUUUAAAAAUUAUUUAUUUUUUUGUACACUAUCUUUAUGUUAAAUGUUUACUUAGAAUUGUUAUUGGUCUUCAUAUUGAUAAUAAUUUUUAGGUUUUCUUGUUUAUGAAGUUAAAUGAAAGAAAUUAUAUACAAAAAUCCUCUGCAGUUCCUCUGAAUUAUUUUUCUUUUUGUAUUAUUUUUUGUUCUUCUCAUUAAAUUGAUAAGUAACAAUUUAUUAUUGAGAAAAAUGAAAGGAUUUUGAAUGAUUUUGUGAUAAAUACUUUUAUUGUUUUUAAAAGCAAUAUACAUGUAUUACUGCUACUCAGGUGAGCGAUGUAGCUCAUGGGACUUUUGUUUGUUUAUUAACAAUUUUUAGCUACAGUAUAUUAAUUUGUUAAUUUUUAGUAUAUUUCUAUAUUUACAAAAUUUCUAAACAUGUCAAUCAUGUAAUAGAAUUGUUUAUUGUGGUUUAUAAUUAUGAUAAAAAGCACAGUACAUUCUGUGAUUAAAACAUUCAUUUUCCCCAUCACUCAUAUUUAAGAAAGAAAUAUCUUUUAUAUAUGUAUAUAUAAUAAUAUAAAUAUAAUAAAUAUAUACAUGUUUAAUCAUUGGUCAUUCUUGGUUCCAUGACUAUUACAAUCAAAUUUACUGUAUAAUUUUACUAAUCAUUUCAAUGUUGCAAUAUGGCAGAUUCAUGAUCACAUUUUCAUAUUUAUUUUAUCUGAUCUCAUUAUAAAUAUUUUCAUAGCCCAGUAUUUUUUUAUUCCCAUUCUUUCAAUGAAAUGAUGUAAAAUGAAAUAUUCAUAUAUUAUUUUCUUUUGUAUUUUUUUAAUGUUGAAAAAUGGUAUGAUUGCCUUAUAUUUGUUAUUUUGAUGAUGAUCAGCAUGAAUGUUCAAAAUAUGCUGGUUAUAACAACUAAAUGACCCUGAUUAUUCUCUUGCUCAACUUGUUGAUAGACUACACAUUUUCACUCACAAUCUGUGUGUGUGUACCAGAUGUGUAUUAGUACAUCUUAAUUGAAAACUUGUACAUAACAAAUUCAUAAUUCAAUAUUUGUAUGUACAUGUAUUGUAUUUUUUAACCAUACAUGUACAGAAUAUUUCAAAUGUGAUAAAAUUUUAAGAAAGCUAAUUUGUGUAAAUAUCUUACAUAGAUGUGUACAUAUAUGUGACACAAUUUUAAGAAAGCUAAUGUGUGUACAUAUCUUAAUUCAUAAAUGUAUUUGUAGGUUCAAAUGUAAUUUCUAUCAGCUGUAUUUUGUUGGUUGCUCAUGUCACUGUACAUAAUAAAUUUUUCUUAUCUCA